UAGGGACCUUAGGCUUAGGGUUAGCUUUGUGCCGCCCGAGAUCUUUGCCUGUCCCUCUUCCCCUCUCCUCCGGACCUCCGCGGCUCCGCCUCCGCCCUCUCCUCUCUCGUGCCGACUACUUCCGCCUCCCUCGUUCCCGUUUCAAUCACUGCGGAGGUUGAGGGCAACGCAGCGCAGGCCUCCUCGGCUCCUCCUCCUCGCAGAAGCAUCUCCGCAGGGUAAUCGGAAGAGAGGGGCGACGAGGGCACCGCCACUUCCGCCCCGCACAAGUACUCCGUCAAGAUUCUCUUCGGCAACCGCCAUGGUUUUAUCUUUUGCAUUCCAAAGGACCAUAUCACCCUCCGCGAUUACGAGAUCCACGACGGCAUGGGCCUCGAGCUCUACUGCAACUAAUCUAAGGUUCUAUUAUGGAUAGCGAGGUGCAGAGAAAGCUGUCGGAAUUGGAGGAGAAGUCUUAUGGUGUUUUCUUAGAUUUCAUGACGAGAAUUGCAAAGUUCGAUGAGCUGGUUGAAGUAGGAAAACAGUUUCUUAUUGGAUUCCACCGAGAAGUAGAGAUGUUUAGAAGACCUCAACUUCAUAAGACAUCUGAGAUGGUCGAUGACAUAAUUAAAGCUAAUUGCACGAACAGAAUGAAGUCAUAUGUUGAAGCUGGUUGCAAACAUCCCAACCAAAACAUGCAAAACAUAAUCAAGUUGCGUUCUUGUGAACAAGGAUUUCAAGAACAUUUACUAAAAGUUAAGGUUUUGCUUGAUGAACUUGAACGCCUCAAGGAGGAUGCAAUUGGUCUUGCACGGAUGACAAAUCAAAGUGCAUCACUUUUCUUGGACAAGUAUUCUUGUGAGAGUAUGGGAGAUCAAGUAACUUCCUUUGAGGAGGAAAUAGAACCUGUACAUCUUCAAGAGAAAUCGAUGUCAUAUGUAACUAUGAUGGCGAUCAUCUAUGGUAUGCUGAACCUUGACUAUGCUAUGCAGGAAAAUAUCAUUCAGUCCAUAAAUCUUAGUACAUCAUCGCCACAAUUAGAAAGCUACUGCCUCAUGUGGGAUCUGCGGCCAUAUAUAAAUGACAAUGUCAUGCGCCUAGCUUGGAAAUACAUUCCAUGAUGAGCCAUCUACAUUUGGAGAAAAAUAAUGAAUCAGAGCAAGUUUACUGGUGAAAAUUAUGAAGGCGUCAUCUUUUCAUUUUUUUCUCACCAUUUUAAACUAUCACAAAAUGGAAUUCUUGGAGGUUAACCAGUCUCCAAUGGGCCUUAUCCCUGAUCUUGUGUACAUUAAUGAGUUAUUUAUGCUUUAUAAAAGAUAUUUUAUAGUAUGAUUGUGAGUUAAAUUGAUUUCUUAA